UAGAACUAUCAGCUGUAGAUUGGAAUGUAAUGCAACUACAACUGGCAGCAGUAGCUAAUCAAAUGAGCUCAUUUGGAUAUUCCCUAAAUGAAUUGUCUGUUCCAGUAUUAUAAUCGUAAUCAAAUAAUAUUUAGACAGCAGGAUUCCUGAAGAUUGUUCUCACGAUGGUGAGCGAAGUUAAGGAAUCAGUUCGUUUAUUUAACAGCUAGUCAGGGAACGUUAGCAAGCAUUGUUAGCCCAGGUGUUCUAGCACAAGUUUACAGAAUUUGAAGUAUAUGUUUGUUCAACGUCAAGUAAUAUGUUUAGAAACAAGACAGCGUGGUUUUCCAAUAGUGUCAAGAGGGGAAUUCGUAGUGUUUGGGUUCGUGAAGGAGGGCACAUUGUUGCCUGGAGGAGGGCAUCUUACCUGUUCAGUGAUGAUGCCUCAUGCCCGGACACCCACAGAAUAUUUUUGAGCAGAGAGUAUUUGGAAGGCGAAUUGACUGUUUUCCACAGUUCUUUUAUCACUGUGUGUGAUGUGCGUCAGAGUGUGAAGUCUGUGCCCAUCGGACACUAUGUGCUUCCACCAGUACCUGUCCAGCAAGAGGUCAAAGCAAAGAUCGGUAGAUUCAUAUGGGAGCAAGAAGACCUCACAGAAGGGACUGAGGUGCAGGAGUUACAGAGUCAGAGAAGAGGCCAUGGAGAUAGUGCAGCUUCUAAGCAAAGGAGUGAAAUGAGCGUGGACAAGGUCCUCAUGAGUCUGGACGAGCUGCUGAUGGCCUCAGGGCGGGAGGACGCCGCAUGCUGUGAGGUGCAGCACUACCCCGUCAACAACAUGGUCUCAGGAUAUGUGGCCUUAGACCAGCUGAAGAGGUACAACGGGGAGCUGCACGACUUCCUUCCUGGUCAGGGGGGCUACUCCGUCAGCGUCCGCAGCAAGAGAUGUCACCUCACAGCAGGACAUCCACAAGACCGGGCCAAAAAAGUAGCAAAAUUGCCUCCAAGAGAGUCUCCCACAAGCUCUGACAAGAUGUAAGAUUUCAGACCUAAUCUGCUGUGAAGGUCUUAGCACUUGCAGAUGGUACAGUAAACAUAGUGUAUCUACAUGUCUACUUGGUAUGGUUCAAUGAUCGAUUUCCAUAGCAUAUUUUAAAACUGGUGAGAGCGAUGUAUUUUCAGUAUUGUCUGAUUCAUAUUUGUUAAUUCUUUAAAAGAAAGGGGGGAAGGAUCAGACAUUUGUUUUAGUCAUGUGAAUACAAUUAUAUUGUAACCACCAAAAUAUGGAAAUAUCCUAGUCACAUUAAAUAAAAUGCUUGUUUUGUUUUA